UUUACGCGCAGAAUAAAACUACAUUUCCCAGAUUCAUCUUGCCACUGGUUGCCUGGAAACGAGCUUUGUUUUUAGUCUAGAACUGGGCAUCGUCGGGGAACUUUGUGCAAUUGGGGUAAUACAAAAUGGCUGGAAAAGUGAAUAAAGACACCAUGUAUGGCCCCCCAUUAGAUUUGUCUUUCAAAUGUAUCAACUCCAUGACAGGUGCGGUGGCAGAGGAGCCACGCACAGGUCUACGGUGCUUACACCAUACCCUAGAAGGGAAAGUGUGCAGCAGGGUGCUGCGUCUCAACAACAACAUUCUGCCAGACCUGAGCGGUUUUAAUGAGGCUGUUGGGCACUUUAUAGAAGACACCAGCCAGCUGUCCUGGAUCGACCUGUCUUUCAAUGAUCUCUCCACCAUCGACAAUGUCUUGACUCAGUACAAGAACUUGCGGGUGUUGUAUCUCCAUGGCAACAGUAUUAUCACACUGGGAGAAGUGGACAAACUGGCGGCUCUACCCAACCUGCUUAGCCUGACACUUCACGGCAACCCCUUGGAGAAUGAGAAAGGAUACAGGAACUAUGUGAUCUCGGCACUGCCCCAGUUAAAAACAUUAGACUUCAGUGCAGUGACCAAGCAGGACCGGGCCACUGCAGCGGUAUGGAGGAGAGGCUUCAGCCAACAGAAACGACCGAAGAGGAAUUUGGACGUGUAGUUCCAAUCACAGGCCAUCUCGUCCACUUAACCAAUCAGAAAGCAACACCUCAAACUACACCGAGAGGACACGGAUUGAAUAAGGGGGUUAAAGCAUGGGGGCAGGCUGGCUUUAUGACUUCAUAGAAACUCACAUUUCAACUUUAACACCUAAUUAAAUAGACUUGAAUCAGUGUGUCAAAUGGCAAAACAAGUAUUUUUUUUUUUUUUUAAUGUCAGCUGCUCACAGGCAUUUCUGCACUCAUAUUUCUUUGUCAAGUGGCUCUGUGUGACAUUUUAGACGUACAGUAUAAUGCUUAACCCCAGAUGUUGUUUUGCAAGGUGCUACAUCUUGUGAACAUAUUUUGGUUUAUUUCUGGUACCCCUAUUGUUAGAUAUCCCUGCAAAAUCUACAAGA